AUGCUUGGGUUCCAGUACGUCGUGGCCAAGUCGCGAGAGCUGUCCUCCGUAGUGGAGCGCGAGCUCUCAGCCGCCAGUAGCCGCUCAGUCCCCUUCAGCUCUGUGUCUAGUACCACCACUGGGGAAGCAUUCAUUCGUGCUCAGCAAAAACUACAAUCGCAAGCAGUAUCCAACCACCAGAAACUCAUGCACAGUGGGCACGAACUUGACGCUGCAUUGGGUCGCGCCCGGGCCACACUGCAGGCUCAAGCGGCCAGCGAGCAAUUCUUAGCCCAGAACUUCCACUUGGUGUCUAGAGUGCGUCAACAGCUCGCAGGGGUCCGGACUCUGGUGCUCAAGCUGGCCAAAGAGGCCGACGAGGUGGAAAACCUGUUAGUACAGCACUGCGAGGAGAACGCGGCCCGCCAGAACGCCGAGUUUGCGGCCAAACAGCAGCAAGAGCUCGAGAAAUUCGAGACGCAGAUCGCUCAGGAACGCGGCCGCCACUGA